AUGGACGAUUAUAUGCCGCCACGCUAUCAGCUGCUGGGUCGAAUCGGUGAAGGCGUCCACGGGGUCGUCGUAAAGGCGCGCGACCUGCAGUGCGAUGACAGAAUGGUGGCCAUCAAAAAGCUAUCGCUGCGGACAAAGUUCGGACUCGUCUCGCUGAAUACGGUUCGCGAGAUUCGCGCCCUCCAGCACUGCCGGUGUGACAACGUGUUGGAACUGCUGGACAUGUACCCCGAUCUGGCCGGUCUGUCGCUGGUGUUCGAGUACAUGCCACACACGCUGCACAGCAAGCUAAAGGACGAGGAAAACCCGCUUUCCCGGGCGACCGUCCGGCGCUAUACGGCCAUGUUGCUUAAAGGACUUGCGUACCUGCACGGACUGCGACUGAUGCAUCGUGACAUCAAACCUGCCAACCUACUGAUCGACCGACGGGACGUGCUGAAGAUUGCCGACUUUGGAUUGGCACGAAUCUUCACGGAACCAUCUCAGGCACAGCAGCAGCAGCCUGGCCAUCGGAGCAAGGUGUAUUCACCGCAGGUCGCCACACGCUGGUACCGAGCACCCGAGAUCCUGUGGGGUUGCCAACGGUACGGACCCGCCAUUGACCUGUGGGCGGCUGGGGCCGUUUUCGCCGAGAUGCUCCGUGGUGUGCCCCUGUUUGCGGGAGCCACCGAUAUCGAGCAACUGGCGCUUGUUGUCCGCACUCUCGGUACACCGAACGCGAAGGAUUGGCCCGGAGUGCGAAGCCUGCCGGAUUACGACAAAAUCCGCUUUCCGAACUCGCGCGGCGAACGAUGGGAGGACAUUUUUCCCAGCUGCACAACGCGCGACGAGAUCGGUCUGGUCGAUGGGCUGGUGCGGUAUAAUCCUGCUAAGCGCCUGACGGCCGACGAGGCUUUGCUUCAGCCGUACUUCAGCGACGCAGCGGCGAGUGAAAAUUAA